AGGGCCCACGGAUCCCUCAGGUGUCGCUCAAGGGGCCCACGGGUCUUUGGGUGUCGCUCAAGGGGCCCACAGGUCUUUGGGUGUCGCCCAAGGGGCCCACAGGAUUCUCACCCAUCUCAGGAAUCUCACCAUCUCAAGGACUCUCACAUCUCAAGGAUUCACCACUAAAGGAUUCUCACCACCUCAAGGAUUCUCACCACCUCAAGGAUUCUCACCAUCUCAAGGAUUCUCACCACCUCAAGGAUUCUCACCAUCUCAAGGAUUCUCACCACUUCAAGGAUUCUCACCACCUCAAGGAUUCUCACCACUUCAAGGAUUCUCACCACCUCAAGGAUUCUCACCACCUCAAGGAUUCUCACCACCUCAAGGAUUCUCACCAUCUCAAGGAUUCUCACCACCUCAAGGGAUUCUCACCACCUCAAGGAUUCUCACCAUCUCAAGGAUUCUCACCACCUCAAGGAUUCUACCACUUCAAGGAUUCUCACCACCUCAAGGAUUCUCACCAUCUCAAGGAUUCUCACCACCUCAAGGAUUCUCACCAUCUCAAGGAUUCUCACCAUCUCAAGGAUUCUCACCACUUCAAGGAUUCUCACCACCUCAAGGACUCUCACCAUCUCAAGGAUUCUCACCACUUCAAGGAUUCUCACCACCUCAAGGAUUCUCACCAUCUCAAGGAUUCUCACCACUUCAAGGAUUCUCACCACCUCAAGGAUUCUCACCACCUCAAGGAUUCUCACCACUUCAAGGAUUCUUACCACUUCAAGGAUUCUCACCACCUCAAGGAUUCUCACCACCUCAAGGAUUCUCACCACUUCAAGGAUUAUCACCACCUCAAGGAUUCUCACCAUCUCAAGGAUUCUCACCAUCUCAAGGAUUCCCACCAUCUCAAGGAUUCUCACCAUCUCAAGGAUUCUCACCAUCUCAAGGAUUCUCACCACUUCAAGGAUUCUUACCACUUCAAGGAUUCUCACCACCUCAAGGAUUCUCACCACCUCAAGACUUCUCACCACUUUAAGGAUUAUCACCACCUCAAGGAUUCUCACCAUCUCAAGGAUUCUCACCAUCUCAAGGAUUCUCACCAUCUCAAGGAUUCCCACCAUCUCAAGGAUCCUCACCACUUCAAAGAUUUACACCAAAAAGGAUUCUCAACACCAAGGACUCCCACCACAAAGGAUUAUCACAAGGUAAAGGAUUCGACUCCCAACAUAAGAAUUCUCAACCCCUGA